AUGGGAAAGGAGAGGCCACUCUCAUUCUCAUCUCAUUUCAGUGUUUCUCUGCCUGAAAUGGAUGAACAUAACGGUGACCCAUCUGAGAUUAACAGCUUCCAGCUCAAAGGAGCACUCAACUCCAGAGUUUUUUACUUGAACAAGAAAAGGAAGUUACAGGUUGAGCAAUUAGGCUUGCCCAUAUCAAAGCAUAAAUGCUGGGAUCAUCGCUUACCUCUUGAAACUUCCACAAUAUAUGAAGAAAAUCAAGAAGAAAAAGACUUAAUCACACACAUAAUCGAGGAAAAUGCUGAAAUACGGGCCAUUGAUGAAGGAUCAGAUCCUGAAUCAGUUAAAGAUAGCAAUAGCUUUGUUGGGGAUUCUGAGUCUGUGUAUGGUGAAGCUAAAUUUGAGAUGGAGGUGUCAAUGAUAGGGCUACCGGACAGGUCAUCAACUUCAUCAUUCAACUGGGACAAUAGUCUUAGGGAUACCCAAUAUUCUUCAGACAAUGCUGCAGCACCAAGACACGCUGGAAAAGAGAAAUUGGCGUUUGUGGAAGGGGAGCAUGAUCAUUGCUGUCGUUAUGAUGGACUACAAGUAACUCAGAAUCUUGAAGAGCCCAUCCUAGAAAUUGAAAGCCCUUUAGAAUACUUUUGCUCUGAGUUUGGAACUGACAACAUCGAUCCAUGUACAGAUAAAGAAGUUGGUGAUAUUCUCUAUUCCAAUGGGGUGAACCCAAAUGCGUAUGUCCUUUCAUCUGGAAGAUGGGCUGUCAACCAAGAUGCUCAAUCAGGCCCCCGAAAACCAACCAUUGAUCGAGAAUUUGAGCAGUACUUUUCCAUGCUUAUGCUGUAG